GCCGGGUUCCGAAUCCGGGCGAAGUGUGCAUGCCGAGACGCUGUAGAGCCCGUGCCCCGUGACCAAUCAGGCCCUCUCUGCUGACGCCAUGACCAAUAACCCUUCUCUGCUGUUCUCUAUUGGCCAACCCACUGUGCUUUGCUCGCAGAGCCUUCCCAACAUGCAUCGAACAUGAGGCGACUGAUGUCGUAGAUGUUGUGGCUCCCCUGCUCUUUCCCCUGCUCUUUCCCCUUUGGUCCUGCCUCACACUCCCCUCGUGAGCUGGCUUCGAUCGUAGCCUCUUUGCUCGACCUUCAAGCUGAGGAACGACCAAUCUCUUACGUAUAUCUGCUCAGAGUCGUACAGUCAGGUAGGGAUCUGUACCAGGAUCUUGCUGCCGACCAUUUACUCCGGCCCGACCAGCCAGUACACUUGCAAGCUCUCGUAUGCAGUCAGAUGCAACUCGCCUUGCUGGUAAUCAAUCCCUGAUGUUCCUGUUAUCUCUCCUCGAUGGCGUCGUCUCUUACCUGCGUCGAUACCCUCUGGAUAUCAACAACGGGACCGACCACCCCUCCUGGGCUCUUUCACAAUCGCACUCGGACUAGACAAGAGCAGUCGGUCAGCGCCAUAUAUCUGGCGGAUACCCGCAGCAGGGAGAGCCGAUUGUGAUUCUGAAGACGACCAAGGUUUGUGAGGACAGUCCCUUGCUUUGUACCGCAAACACGGCUCGUCUCACCAUGUUCGGGACCCUACAUUUGGCCUCCCAGGACAAGGAGGCAAUGUUUAUCGAGCGGCCACAUGGCUCGUCAAACCUAGAGAAGAACUCGGCUUGCAACCGAUGCAGAGCCAAAAAGGUCAAAUGCAACCCUACAGAGGACGGAUGCACCCGAUGCAAGCGCCUUGGGAAGAAGUGUACCUCGAAUCCAGCGAAGCAUAUCGGGGCAAAUCGGAGGAUUCGAAAAGGCAGCAUCAACAUGACACAGCAUGAGCACCUGCUAGACCUGUUCGCGCAUACGACAGCGGACUCCUCUCGGAACCUCCAGACUACAGCGCAUGGGGGCAUCGGGUCUCCACCCCGGGGGAACUGCACCAUCGAUGGCAGUAUAAUUGGGGCACAGUGCCGUUCUGAUAUCUUAGCAGAGCUUGAUCCGCCUUUUAUGCCGGAUCUUUGUCAGGAACCUAUCUCUCAAGACGGAGAUGAUCUCUCUAGAGCCUUCAUGUCUUCGCUCCUGCCCAACGCCGCCCUCUAUCAGACCCCUGAACUCUCGCCGCCCUUUAGCUUCCAGGACGAGCUCUCACAUCUCCACCUCCCUCCAGUCGACCACUUUCAAGCGCUCAACACGACCGCCCUUCUUCCUUGCACUCCUCCUUCGCCGCCCUUUACACAGUCAUGCCAAUGCCUCGCUGCGGUUCUGUUUGCCGUGGAGGAACUCGAAACCAGUUGCAACCCAGGGCACCGCUCCGAACUCGACUCCAUCAUCGCCUACCAAAAGGAAGCCAUCAAACGCUGCCGCCUGAUGCUGAAAUGCAGCGCCUGCCCACUGAAGCGAGAAAACCUGGUCCUGCUAGCGUUUAUGGCCGAGAAACUCGUCUCGGCAAGCAGCCAGAUUGUCCUCAUCUACCAGAACAGAGACAGCAUCGCAGGCGCCGGACAGUCUGACCACAAGAAGGAUUGCGCCUCGCCCUCUAUUCCACCUUUUCACCAUGACACAUUCGAUGAGCUUCUCAACAACUUCAAUACAUACUCCCUCACCACUCACAUCGGGACCGAUCCUGACCGCAAGUACAUGCCACCCGGCUGGCGCGAAAUGCUCCUGGGUGACUACGAAAUCAGCUCGGUCACGGAGUGGCAACAGAUCAUGCGGGUUCUGAUUGUGCUGCAGAUUAGGGGUGUGGUUGAGUUACUAGGGGAUCUGCGAAAUGUGUGCGGGGAGGCGUUGGGGGAGAGCCGGAUGGCGAGUCUGGCACGCUCGGAGCGUAUAUUAGCGCAGCUGCGGAGGGAGCUUUAUACUCCAUGAUUUGAAUUGCAUCGAAUAGGGGUGCGUUGCCAGUGGCUUUACAUAUAUCUAGAUCUAUUUGGUAGUUGGUGUGAAUUAGACUAUAUGGUCAUUCGGAC